AGCCUCCACGGUUCGCAGCACAGCACUUGUUUUACAGAAUUGUGGUUUUCAUUCAGUGAACUGUGGUUGGGAAACAACGUCCAACACCUACUACUCAGCCGUUUAUCUUUUUGCUAAUUCCUGAUUUUUUUCAAAGCUGUGAUUACAACCCACUGAGUGGGGUGGUGUCGGACAAAACUCAUCAGUUCAUAGAACAUUUAGACCUGCUAGGCACCAGGUCCUAUGUUAGGUUCUGCAGGUAGUGGUAAUUGUUUUGUUUGCUUGACUAUUUAACAACUGCUUGUGUGCCAGUCACCUGCGAAAGCCCUGUAGGUCCUCUCAGUACAGCAUGGUGGCCGGGGCCGGCAGGGAGAACGGCAUGGAGACGCCCAUGCACGAGAACCCGGAGUGGGAGAAGGCCCGCCAGGCCCUGGCCAGUAUCAGCAAGGCGGGAGCUGCCAGCACCUCCGCCAAGGCCAGCAGCAACGGGCCUGUGGCCAGUGCACAGUACGUGUCGCAGGCGGAGGCCUCGGCCUUGCAGCAGCAGCAGUACUACCAGUGGUACCAGCAGUACAGCUAUGCCUACCCCUACAGCUACUACUACCCCGUGAGCAUGUACCAGAGUUACGGCUCCCCCUCCCAGUACGGGAUGGCCGGCUCCUACGGCUCAGCCACGCCCCAGCAGCCCUCGGCUCCCCAGCACCAAGGCACUCUCAACCAGCCCCCGGUCCCCGGCAUGGACGACAGCAUGUCCUACCAGGCCCCUCCCCAGCAGCUGCCAGCAACCCAGCCCCCUCAGCCUUCCAACCCGCAGCAUGGGGCUCACGCUCUCAGCAGUGGCCCCCAGCCUGGGACGGCCCCGGCCACACAGCACAGCCAGGCGGGGCCUGCUUCGGGCCAGGCCUACGGGCCACACGCCUACCCCGAGCCCGCCAAGCCCAAGAAGGGCCAGCAGCUGUGGAACCGCAUGAAGCCAGCCCCUGGGACUGGUGGCCUCAAGUUCAAUAUUCAGAAACGGCCCUUCGCUGUCACCAGCCAGAACUUCAGCUCCACCUCAGAGGGCCAGCACAGCAGCUUUGGCCCCCAGCCCAACCCCGAGAAGGCCCAGAACCACAGGGGCAGCCUGUCUGGGAAGCCGGACGACUGGCCGCAGGACAUGAAGGAGUAUGUGGAGCGCUGCUUCACGGCCUGCGAGUCGGAGGAGGACAAGGACCGCACGGAGAAGCUGCUCAAGGAGGUGCUGCAGGCCCGGCUCCAGGAUGGCUCCGCCUACACCAUCGACUGGAGCCGGGAGCCUCUGCCAGGGCUGACUCGGGAGCCUGUGGCGGAGAGUCCCAAGAAGAAGCGGUGGGAGGCCCCCAGCAGCCUUCACCCUCCUAGGGGGGCAGGCUCCACGACCAGGGGCGGGGGUGCCCAGUCACAGCGAGGGACACCAGGGGCUGGGGGUGCUGGCCGAGCGCGGGGCAGCAGCUUCGCCAAGUUUGGCAACCGCAAUGUCUUCAUGAAGGACCACAGCUCCUCCUCCAGCACGGACUCUCGUUCCCGCUCCUCCUCCCGGUCCCCGACCCGCCACUUCCGCCGCAGUGACUCCCACUCGGACUCCGACAGUUCAUACUCAGGGAACGAGUGUCAGCCUGUGGGCCGCAGGAACCCACCCCCCAAGGGCCGGGGAGGUCGGGGGGCCCACAUGGAUCGGGGCCGAGGCAGGGCACAGCGAGGGAAGAGGCACGACCUAGCUCCCACCAAGCGCAACCGAAAGAGGAUGGCAGCUUUGGAGUGUGAAGACCCCGAGCGCGAGCUGAAGAAGCAGAAGCGGGCGGCCCGCUUCCAGCACGGGCACUCCCGCCGCCUGCGCCUCGAGCCUUUGGUGCUGCAGGUGGGCAGUCUGGAGAGCAGCGGGGCCGACCCAGACUGGCAGGAGCUGCAGAUCGUGGGCACCUGCCCCGACAUCACCAAACACUACCUGCGUCUCACCUGUGCCCCGGACCCAUCCACUGUGCGCCCCGUGGCGGUCUUGAAGAAGUCCCUGUGCAUGGUCAAGUCGCAGUGGAAGGAGAAGCAGGACUACGCCUUUGCCUGUGAGCAGAUGAAGUCCAUCCGGCAGGACCUGACGGUGCAAGGCGUGCGCACCGAGUUCACAGUGGAAGUGUAUGAGACGCAUGCCCGAAUCGCCUUGGAGAAGGGUGACCACGAGGAGUUCAACCAGUGCCAGACGCAGCUCAAAUCUCUGUACACGGAGAACCUGCCCGGCAACGUGGGCGAGUUCACCGCCUACCGGAUCCUCUACUACAUCUUCACCAAGAACUCCGGAGACAUCACCACGGAGCUGGCCUACCUGACUCGGGAGCUGAAGACAGAUCCCUGUGUGGCCCAUGCCUUGGCACUGAGGGCAGCCUGGGCUCUGGGCAACUACCACCGCUUCUUCCGUCUCUAUGGCCAUGCGCCCUGUAUGUCUGGCUACCUCAUAGACAAGUUUGUGGACCGAGAGCGCAAGGCCGCCCUCAAGGCCAUGAUCAAAACGUAUGUUCAGCUGAGCUCUCCCCUGCCCCUCCUCUCUUUUCCCUCCGCUCACUCCCAGUGGGCAGGCCUCUUGCCCCCAUCCCCAGUGAGUCCAGGCCCCUCUGGCCUCCUGCCUGGUCCCCUCUCCCUUCCUCAUCUUCCCCUCCUGUCCCUCCUGCUGUCCUCUGCAUAGCCUGCCCUCUGUCCCAGCUCUCCUGCGCCUCCCUUCCUCGACCAUGCUCUGUCUCGCUCCGGGUCCCUUCACCCCUGCUGUUCCUCCGCCGCCUCUCUUCCACGGCACUCCUGUCACUGAGCUCCUUCCUUAGCGACAAACCAGAAACACAGUCCCGCUCUUGGCAGCUUCUGGUCAGAUGGGACAGGCCCUGUUCCUACUUGAGUCCUAUUUUGAGUACAAAAAACAUUAGGGAAAAGGGCUGGCCCUGGGCGGUGCUUACAGAGGGCGUGUCCUCCACUCCCCAGACAUGGAGUGUGCCCACCGUGUGCUUGCCAGUGUGCGGACUGGUGGUGCUCAGGGCAGCGCGUCUCCCCUCCCCCUGGGACCUAGGGCAGGUUCAGGAGGCAUCUUCUGUUGUCACUGCUAGGAGGCGCUACUGGUUUGUGGUGGGUAGAGAGACUGGGGGUGCUCCUGGCCAGCCCACAGUGCGCAUGGCACCCCACAGCAUGUACUCAGGCCCCACUGCCUGUCUUUCCAUGGAUGCAAGCCCCUGGUCAGGGUCGGAGCACACAAGGGGCCUCAAAUGCCACGUCUAUUAGCUUGGGAGCCACUGGGGUGCUUUGGAGCUGGGGAGGGGCGGGCAACCUGAAGGUCAGGGGCACACUUCAGGGGCUGCAGGAACAGAAGAGGACACAGGGCAGACAAUGGAGGGCAAGGAUGCACAGGACCUGCUUACUGGCCAGCGGUGGGAAGGGCGGUGUGCCUGAGGGACUCCCGCUGCCCCUCUGUGCCCACCCUGUGCAGCUGGACAGGCCCCUCCAGGCAGCUCUUGGGCCUCUGUGCGCUCCCGGGGUGUAGUAGCCAGGCCAGUGACUAUGUCCUCAUUAGUUCCUGUGUGCUCGGCCCUGGGUGGGGACCCAGCCUUGUGCCUUGUGGGAGGCCCCUGGCUUGUCACUAACCUCAGACUCCACUUUCCUACUUCUCAAGUGGACACUGCCUUUCCUUGGCAGACAUGGCCCUUCAUCCCAGAGCCAGGUCCCUGCAGGGUGGCCCGCAGGCAGCUCUGACAUGGGUACAGCAGGCUCCCCUGUGCCCCAUGGGCAGCCAGGGCUGGGAGAUGCAUGGGCUUGGGGUAGGACCGGGUUGAGUCCUUUCUGUCACUUGCUUCCUAGGUGACACUGGCCAGGUGGCUCUGCCUCUGGGCCCACAGUUCCCUGGGUGUGUCUGUGAGGGUAGGUGACUCAGCUCUCAGGCAGAGAACUCGGUGUGUCAGUGUGGCCACCUUAGAGCAGCUAGCUAUUUCUGGGCACGUGCCAGGUGCUCAGUAAGGAGUGUCUGUUGUUGACAACCAGAGAUUCCUGUUGGAAAUGUGUAGUGAGUGUUGGCUGGCACGUGUGCCUGGGGUGUUCCUGAGGCACUCGCACCCAGAUGUGGGGUCCCAUGAGGGCUGGGCCCCCAGCAUCCCAGCAUAGCUGUCAGGCAUAGGAUGCUAUGCCUGUCCCCAUGGGUCACUCCCUCUGCCUGGCCCCUGCCCCUUGGCCACAGUGGUCCUCUUCUGAGGGACUGCUCAGGCCCUGGAGCAGUAGAAGAGCCAGGUGGGUCCUUCCCUUACCCCCUCCUUCCCGGCCCCCUUGCACAGGUAAGUGAGGGUCAAGGGGGGGGCACAGCUGGGGUUGGGGCCAUCAGCCUCAUCCUUGGCUCCCCAAGCCCCAGAGGUGGGGAGGUGGGGGUGGGUGCCAGAGGUCAGCAGGUAAUGUGCUAAGAAAACCCUUUGGGUGUCUGAAGGGGGGGCACCCACUCCCUGCUCGUGGGGGCCCCUGCCUGCUGCCCACCUCAUCACAUUCUCCUCUUGUCUCCGUAGCUUCCGCCCUGCGCUGCCUGUCUCCUACCUGCAGGCCGAGCUGGCCUUCGAGGGCGAGGCCGCCUGCCGGGCCUUCCUAGAGCCCCUGGGCCUGGCCUACACGGGCCCGGACAACGCCAGCAUCGACUGCCGCCUCAGCCUGGCGCAGCUGUCCGCCUUCUGAGCUCCACGUGAAGGGGGCGGGGUGGGGGGGCAGGGCCGCGGCCCCCACUGCCGCCUCUGCACGUUUUUUGAGCCAUGGACUUGGGUUGUAAAAUUGUGGGGAGUGGGCUCCAGGAAGAGCCACCACCCCUGCCCCCGUUUUCCUACCGGGGAAUCUGUACAGAGAUUUUUUCUACAUUUUUAUUUUUUGUCUCAGAGGGAUGGGUUAGGAUGGGAGGAGGGGUGGGGCAGCAGAGGGCUGGGGGCUUGGUCUGUCCACUCUGCACCUCUACUAAUGCUGUCUCAGUGUUUUUUCUCUCUCUCUCUCGAGCUUGUACUCCGGUACCAACCCGGCACCCUGGCCCAUCCCAUGCUAGGGGGCCAGUGGAAGAAGACAGGCCGCUCUGCCUGUGCCCGCCGCGGCGGGGGCACCAGCACGCCGCCCGCCGCUCACCACUCGUCGCCCGUGUGCCUACCUCACCACAGACUCUUGUUGCCCAGCCCUCUGGGGCCUCAGUGCUCGGGGCAAGGGGAGCCAUAGAGACUGUGUCCUGCCUUUGGCUCCCACCCCAGAAACGCCGACGCCAUGCCACACCACGCCACCAGCAGAUCCAAGCCACCACCCUGCACUGAGGAUGCCAGAGGCCAUCGCGGGACCUCACCGGCCGGGCCGCCUCGUCUGCAGUUGUACUAAGUUGUCUCGUGUCCCUUCCUCCCUCCACCCCAGUGUUUCUUCUCGUUUUUUUUCCCCUUUCCUCCCUCCUCCUCCUCCCUGCUCCCUGCUCCCUUGGUUCAGCACAGGUAAACGGUUCCCCCUCCCCACCUCCAUGGAUCACCAGCUCACGUCAUGUUUCCUUCUUUUCUUUUUGUGUGUGUUUAUUUAAGUUAUUUUUUUUCCUCUUCCUCCCCUUUUCUUUUCGCCCUCCCCUCCCUCUUCUGCCAUGUAACUGGAGGACGUGCAGUGAGUUGCAAACAGCUGGACUGUCAGGCUGCUUUUCUUCCAGAUGUUCCUCCUCUGCCUCCCUUCCCUUUCCUCUCCCCUCCCCUUUCUCUCCUUCAUUCUUUCCUUGGAGCACUGAGCACAUUUGGAAGCUUGAGCAAAACCAAAAUUAAAGAAAGAGAGAGAGA